AUGUUUGCUGAUAAAGCUUUCGAGUUAAUAAAAGAACUAGAACGUUCUUCACAGACUAUUCCACCUUUUGAUGAUGAUGGAGUGCGUCAAGUAUUGGAGGAAAUUAAAGCAAUUUUUGAAGAAAACUGUGCACAAGCUGCAAAUUAUUCAACCUCUGGUGAUCGCACUUUGUGGCCAUUACUAAAUUUUCGACACGCCGCCCUGCAAAGAAAUAAACGCUGUCUACUAACAUAUCUUUUUAAACGUUUGCUACGUAUUAGAGCACUUCGUUGGGAGUUUGGACCAAUUAUACCAGCAGAUAUUAAAACAUCGCUGUGCGAACCUGAAGUAAACUUCUUCAACACAUAUUCAAAGUCAUUAGCAUCCUACAUGCGUUCUAUUGGUGAUGGACAGGGGAUUGAUUUAACGGGUGAUCUACGCCCACCAAAAUCUUUAUAUAUUGAAGUGCGUUGUCUGGAAGAUUAUGGCAAAUUUGAAUUAGAAGAUGGUGCAGUGAUAUAUUUAAAAAAGAACAGUCAACAUUAUUUGCCGCGUGCGCAAGUGGAAACGCUGGUUCGCCAGGGAAUUCUACAACAUAUUGCAUGA